AUGUCUGAAUCUGCUGCUCAGGCCUCUGGCCUAGCUGACGGCCUCGCUCCGUCCCAUACCUACGUUCCUAACCAAGGAUACGUCAAUCCUGAAGGCACAGACCCCGCUGAGGCGGGGCAAGAAUCCACCGAGCAGUACGAUGAGGAUGAAGAAGACGAGUACUACGAUGAUAUUUUCGAGGAAGAACUGGACACAGAGGACUUUCAAUCUUCCGAUCCCUCGGACCUCACCAAGGCCUACAACCGCCAGCGAAAAUUGAACGACGCCGCCGCCGAUACGAACGUUCCCAGAUGGCAAUAUCCCAAGACCAAUACCCAGAAGCCGACAGUCAACACAUACGCCUCUGUUGAUGACCAGGUCAAGUCUUUGACUCGCCAUGCCGCAAAGAUCAAGCUGGAUGAUCAACAGUCCGGCUUCUCGGGCGGCGGUGGUGGUAACCGUGGUGGAGAUCGUGCGGAUCGCGCCACAUCAGAGCAGGUGUUGGAUCCACGCACUCGGAUGAUUCUGCUGCAGAUGAUCAACCGUGGCGUUGUCUCCGAGAUUCACGGCUGUUUGUCCACCGGAAAAGAGGCAAACGUGUACCAUGCCAUGUCGAUCCCUGAGGAGGAGGACGCCUCGCCAAUCCACCGCGCUAUCAAGGUCUACAAGACCAGCAUCUUGGUCUUCAAGGACCGUGACAAGUACGUCACCGGCGAGUUCCGUUUUCGUCAGGGAUACAACAAGAGCAACAACCGCGCAAUGGUCAAGGUCUGGGCUGAAAAGGAAAUGCGAAACCUGCGACGAAUCUACGCCGCCGGUAUCCCGUCUCCCGAGCCCAUUCAGCUCCGUCUGCACGUUCUCGUCAUGGGCUUCCUCGGCAGCUCGAAGGGUAUUCCCGCUCCCCGUCUUAAGGACGCUACGAUCGUCGCCGAUGAUCUCGAGGCCCGUUGGCGUUCGCUCUACUUUGAAUUGAUGGGUUACAUGCGUGUGCUGUACCAGGUCUGCCGCUUGGUCCACGCCGAUCUUAGCGAGUAUAACAUUUUGUACCACAAGAAGCGCCUGUACGUCAUUGAUGUCAGCCAAAGUGUUGAGCACGACCAUCCUCGCAGCUUGGAGUUCCUGCGUAUGGAUAUCAAGAACGUUAGCGACUUCUUCCGUCGCAAAGGUGUUGACAUCCUGUCCGAGCGCACUGUGUACCAAUUCAUCGUGUCUCCCGAGGGCCCGACUGAUAUCACCGGUGGAAACGAGGAGAUGUUCGAAGCAAUUGAGAAGCUCUACACCGCUCGGGAAGAGGCUGGUGCCACCGAGGAGUCUGAAGAGCUUGACACCGCUGUUUUCCGUCAGCAGUACAUCCCCCAGACCUUGGACCAAGUGUACGAUGUCGAGCGUGAUGCCGAGAAAAUCCGCGACGGCUCCGGCGCGGAUCUAAUCUACGGAGAUUUGCUCGCGACUGGCAAGACCAAGCCCACUCCCGCUACUGUCGACGGUGCCGAGUCAGAAUCCGAUGCCAGCGGCGGCGUCUCCGUGUCGGGCUCCGAAGCCAGUGACACCGAGGAAGAGAAGGACCCAUUCGCGCCGAAGCCCCCUCGUGGCAAGCGCUUCGAAGACAAGGAUUCCAAGCGCGAGCACAAGGCCAAGGUCAAGGAAGAAAAGCGUGAGCAGCGCGCGAACAAGAUGCCCAAGCAUCUCAAGAGAAAGCUUGUUUCUUCUUCCUCAAAGAAGAAGAAAUAA